GCGCACGCCUCCGCGAUUUCGUCGAGCACCCCCCGCCCCGCGCCAUGCCGCCGCCCGCCGCCGCCUCCCGCUCCGGCGCCGGAGAAACCGAGUCCCCGGCGGCGCGCCGCCUCCACCGCCUCUCCCUGCACCUACUCCAGCCCCGCCCCGCCCCGGGCGAUCAGGCGGGCCCGGCGCUGGCCCUCGCGGCGUGCAAUCCUUUUGGAAGGAGGAAAUCAGAUACAUGGCGGAACAACUCUAUCACACCCUCAACGAUCCCUGCCGGUAUGCCGUGCAAUCCUGGACUUCCGAGUCCCAUGGAGGGGAGGAACUCCACGAGGACAGGGCGGCGACACCCCGUCUUGUUGGCAUCGACGGACGGAUGAAGAAGCUGCGCAGGUGUCUCCUUUACGCCGGCACUAGCCUGAGAAUCUUAUCGAUUUUUGGACCGGGUGGGAUCGGUAAGACUGCUCUUGCCAUGGAGUUCCAACGUCAAUUCCAGCAAUUCCCAACUCUUUUCAUGAGGGGACGCCGUACUCUGUCAUUCCAGCCCGACCAAACUCCUAAACUCUGGCAUAUGUACCACAUUUCUGCCGCGGUGUCACUGUCCAAAAUCAGGUCGUUUCUCUGUUACAUCUACCAGCAGAUCACAGGCCGAACAAUUCAAGAAAUGGAAACUGCAGAUACAAAACUUCUGAUUCUCCUGAUCCGGGAGAACUUGCAACACAAGAGGUACUUCAUUUUGAUUGAUGAUUUACGGGAUGCUUCAGUUUGGGGAAUAAUCAAGCAUGUGUUUCCGGAUAAUAACUGGGGCUGUAGAAUAGUAAUUACAACCCGCCUCAGAAGUGUAGCCCGAAGUUGUUGCUCUGAUCUUAAUGGGAUUGUAUACAAGUUGAAGCCUUUAAAUGAGUCAGACUCAACACAGUUGCUCAUGACAACAGCAUUUGGUCCAGUGAAGGAUGUUUGCCUACCAGAGGGCAGCAGGGACCUGAUCUUGAGGAGUUGUAAUGGUGUACCGCUGUUAAUAACUGCUUUUGCUGACAACAUAAAGGAACAGCUGCAAACGGCAGCGCCGAAUAGCUAUGGGCAAUCGCCCGGGUUCAGUGGGCGGACUGCAGAACUUCAUAGCGUGGAAGAAGGCCCACAGCUACCUGACCAAGUCCGGUGCGCACUAACCCGUAUCUGCAGGGACCUUCCUGUUGAGUUGAUGACAUUGUUACAGUACAUGAGAAUGUUUCCACGUGGAUACAUGUUCGAGAAGGAUUAUCUUGUCAUGAAAUGGAUGGCCAAAGGGCUCACCCAUAGUGAGGAAGAAGCGGAGUGCCAUUUCUCCGAGCUGGUCGAUAGGAAUAUCUUCACCCUGGUACUACCAACCGGGGAGCACAAUCUUGAUGAAGCUGAGCCCUGCCGAUGGCAGGUCAACAAUCUUAAGCUACAGUUCAUUUCUUCCACAACAAGAAGGCCAGCUUUUGUUUUUACCGGAGACAUGCUCACCAGCUUAGAACCACCAACCAUAAGGCCCUCCAGUGAGCUUUGUAUGCCACGGUUGGUGGCUCUCCACUCUCCCGAGCCAGAUAUCCAAGGGCUGAUGCACACAAUUGACUGGGGUGAGAAUGUUCGGUCGCUAGCUGUAUCAGGCAUAGUGGACCAGGUACCUCUGAACAAGUUUAACUAUCUGGUGAUGCUGGAUUUGGAGGACUGGAAGAACUUAAAGGAUGAGGACUUGUUGCAGAUAUGCAACAGCAAAAUGUAUCUACUGAGGUACCUGAGCGUCAGCAAUAUGACAGAAUGCUUUCUAUGGACGGACAUGCAUGCUAAACAUCAACUUCCAUGUUGCUCAAGAUAGAACCGGAGGAAGAUUUUCACCCGGAGGUUUCUCAAAAUUGUUGUAGGAGCAUCAUGACCCCUCCGAGAAGAGAGGCGUUCAGGAUGUCGCUGCCGUCCGCACCGACAAGAUGUCAUGCAUUGCUUUCGCUUAGAGCUCCACCUACGAAUAUUGUACCGUGUUCUAGUCUCCUAGACACAGCAUUGCUGAAGCCGGUGCCUGCCACAUGACGUCGUCACUACCACAGCCACCAUGGCCCGGGCAGCGAGGCUAAGGUGGCUCGCUCCAAAGGCCUUGACCUGUCGACCCCAUGCACAGGUCCGGCCGCAGGUGAGCGGAAAGGCGAGCCCCGGCGUCAAGCUAACCCACCCCCCCCCCCACAAGGAGCCACCAGAUCCGGCCAAGGAGAUGCCAAGACAAGCUGCCAGCAUCCACCACUGCUCGCCACAGGCAUCGGUUUUUUGCCCCACCACAGACCAGGACAUCGCUGUACUUUCCGCGCUAUCAAGGGCCAGAUCCAGGACCCGUGAGGCCAGAUCCGAUCACGGAGGACUGCUCGGAGGGCACCCCACCGUUGCACAGUGAAUUGUAGAACAGAGGAGGGAUUCGGCAGGAGAAGAGAGAAAACGGGAGAAGCGAUGGUACAAGCGAGCGCUAGUGGGCUUCGCGCGCGCAGGGGGGGGGGCAGUAUGGGGACACCUCAGUGUCUCUUCUCAUGUUUGUUACCUCCAUCAAACAACAUUGAAGCUGAGGCACCGGGAAGUGGAUGUGAGGUGGUCGGGGUGGUGCUGGUUGAGAAAGGCUGGAGCAUGGAGAGGAGGAGGUGGCGGCCAUGGCGGUGGUGAGAGAGCAUUUGUGUAUGGAGAGUGGAGCUAGCCAUCCCCUCCUACUCCACUCCACUUCUUUGGAACACACGUGAGAGGUUGUCAACCCGCUCUCCACAGGCAGAGAUGGACACUUCAAAAAUUUACUUUGGAUCUCCCUAGCAAAGAAACCCGCAAUCAUAAUUAUGAGAAAAUUCGUUGUAUGCCAUCUAAAUUUUUAAUUAUUCCUUAUAUGCCAUUG